AUGGCGACCGUCAAUCGAAAUAUGUUCGGGGCGAGUAUCACUGAACCGCCUGGCGGUGCUCAGUUGAUGGUUCUGCCGUUGAACCUCAUCGCCGAGAUCGUGUCACAUGUGACCGACACAGCUGAUCUGGCCCGACUAUGUCGAACCUGUCGGGUUCUCAAUUAUAUGGCGCUGCCACAGCUAUAUCGCAGCCUGACCCUGACCUCCUACGACAAGAUCCGUUAUCGCGAUGAACAACCAGAAGGAAUCGGGGGCGGCAGUCCUUUCACGAUAGGCUUAAACGCCGUUAUCACACGAUCCUAUGCGACGCUGGUACGGUCCAUGACACUGCGGGGAGAGUGGAAGGAACAUGAGCUGGAAGAGCAUGCCCGAGUUGGCAGAGUGCCGGACGCGACCAUGUUAUUGAAUAUCGCUGCCCGCGCCGCAAUAGAUCGCAUGACCAACUUAGAAAGCUUCCACUGGGAAUUAAGCACCAAAAUGCUCGACACGGUAUUUGUGGGCCUAGUACAGCUGCCGAAGCUCACAUCCUUGACUAUCCGGUUCCCAUCCAGUCGUCACCCUCAGCCCACUUUCGUGAUCCCGGGCAUGCCACAUCUGCGAUGUUUGAAAAUCACCGAUAUCGACCCUCUAUGCUACCCCGAUGACAUUGCGACUCUCCUUUGGAAGAGUAGGAAGUUGCGCGAGUUGAGUUUACAUUGGUCGCCACGGAUGCGGGAUGCGCAGGAGCCCAGUGUCUCUCUACACGAAUAUUUCCGAAAGCUCAUCUCAAGCAAACAGCCCCUGACGGUCAAAAAGAUGUCAUUCCAAAAUCUCUACGCAUUCCACACCGAAGACUUCAAUUUGUCUUUUGAUCCGACGACUGUGGAAGAUGUCACGUUUCUCACUGGUGUGGAGGGCUCCAAUCUGGUCAACACAUUCGUCGAGAGCAGUUGGCCGACCGUCCCACCACAUGCUAAGCUCCGCAUCAAAUCUGUGCGGAUGGAUGCAUUAUCCAAACGGAACUCGGAGUUUAUUGGGAAUUUCAAUGGGCUCGAGCGACUAUACUUCGUCAAUGUCACCGCCGACUCGAGCGAUUCUAUCAAUUCCCCAAGAUCCGGUGGAGGCUCGGCAUCAACAGCGCUUACACCACCAGUUUCUGAACACCAAAUGGCCGGCGCGCCCAUUACAACGGCGGUCAAUUCCCCCAUUACUUCCGCUUCACCAGCUAGCCAGCUCAUUGCUACUACUAGCUUACGAGAUGUCUACCUUUCACACAUUACUACAAAUCACGGUGCGACAUUGCGCCAUCUCCUUCUCCCCUCGAAAUGGCCUCUCUCUUCCGGGAUGGUCGCACGUCUCGUCCAUAGCUGCCCGAAUUUGGAACAGGUCGCCCUCGCCACGGAAUUUUCCUGUUUAGAAUCACUAGGCCUACUAAUACCCUUCCUCCGGAAGUUGAAAGCGCUCCGGCUUCUCAUCCCCCCAUCCUCCGGGCAGUCUCACGCCGGUGCAGCGAGCGCUGCAUUGAAGACGCUCAUUUCUACACAAGGGAAGGUAUCAUUCGAUUACAGCAAAACGGUGGAAGACACUUUUGCGAAUGCCAAGACCCUCGCAGAAGUAGUGGAUAUGAAUGACUCGAUCCUGGCAGAAAUGUUGAGUUACAGUCUUGCCAAUCAACAAGUUUACUCGAACGUGAAAAUCGUCGGCAUGGGCUGGAAAGCCUGGGAACUCAAAGAGUUCUACAAAAGCCCCAUCCCACUACGAACCGAUGCAGAGUCUCCAUCAUUCACAAAUGGCGACUAUGGACCCACGACUCCUGUUCCUGCACAAUCUACCAAUGGCAUCGGUUUAAGCGCAUCAGACCAACAUGCCGUCUCUUAUAAAUCACCCGAUAUCAACGUCCCUUGGUCACAUCAAUCCCCCGAUACAAGGCCCAUGGUGCCGCCAUCAACGCUAGGGAAACGAUCACGCGAUCCAGAUGAUAGUGAAACCCCCAGACGAACAAUCAAAUUUAUGGACAAUUUCAGCAGAAGCGAAGACAGCGAAGAGGAUGCGCAUUUCAUCCCCAAUUGCUACCAGCAUACUCUAGCCAACGACGGUCUUGUGUGGCGACGGCGUGUGCGGCGUGUUGGAUGGGAAGCAUUGCAGCAUUGGGAGGUGUGGGGAUUGGAUGCACAGGAGAUCUAG